CCCCCUCACUCCAGCUGCGGCUCGCAAACGGAGGAAGCAGCAGCAGCAGCAGCAGCAGCAGGCAGCAGAAGCAGCAGCAGUUGCUGUGGAUGAUGAUGAGGAAGACAAGUUGCUGGCAGCAGCAGCAGCAGCGCUGCAGCCGCCAGUGUUCUUCUUCGACCUGGAGCACCUGCCCUACCUCUCGCUGCUGCCCCCCAGCAGCAGCAGCAGCAGCAGCAGCAGCAGCAGUGUGGGGUUUGCAAACGCAGAAGAAGCAGCGCAAGUUGCUGCUGCUCUUCCUCAAGCUGCCCACAACAGCAAAGGGGGCCCUUCUGCUGCUUACCUGCGGAGCUGUCUGUACACCUCAAGUACGCGCUGCCGCUUCGCCCCGCAGCUGCUGGCCAAGGCAGCAGCAGCAGCGCAGCAGCAGCAGCAGCAGCAGGAGUCUGCUGCUGCUGCUGCUGCAGUAGCCGAAGGCGCAGUUCGAGUGCUGCCGCCUCACCCUGUGGGCGGAGGCACUGUGGGGCCUCCGGUGUACGUACACCUCAUGUCUAAGGAGGAGCAGCAGCAGCAGCUUGCUGCUGCUGCUGCUGCUGCAAGAGACAGCGACUGCUGCAGCAGCAAAAGGCCCAUGGAGGAAGUGCUCAGGGAAAUCAUGGAGGCACAGGCUGCCCGGAGACAGGAGACGGAGCUGCUGCUGCAGCAGCACCAAGAGAGGCAGCAGCAGCAGUCGCAGCAGCAGCAGCAGCAGCAGCAGCAGCAGCGCAGCGCGACGCAACAGUGGGUGGAUCUUUACAGGGCUAAAACUCCUUUGGAGCUGCUGUCUCCAGACGCAGAAAACCGAAUUGUCUUCCGGUGGCUGCUGCAGUGGAAGCAGCAAAUAAAUGCGCGCAAAGAAGCAGCUCGUUUGGAGAAGUUUGGGGGGUUUGCCAAUCCAAAUAAACUCCCAAAUAAACCCAGCAGCAGCAGCAGCAGCAGCAGCAGCAGCGGCAGCGGCAGCGGCAGCGGCAAGCAGCAGCAGCGCAGCACGGGAGGGCCGGAGCACAAAGUGCUGCUGAUAGGGGGCCCCCACGGCAGCGGGAAAACAACUUUAGCAGCAGUUGCUGCAGCACAUUUAGGGUUUGAAGUUGUGGAAGUAAAUGGCGCAGACACAAAAGCUGCUGCGCUGCUGCUGCCCCUUUUGAAGGGCGUCGCCAGCAGCGGGGACUGCUACUUCCGGCCCAGCAGCAGCAGCAGCAGCAGCAGCAGCAGCAGCGGCGGCGGCGGCAGGGGCGGAAGCAAAACGAAGCCGGUGCUGCUGCUGAUUGACGAUGUGGAGGCGCUGGCGCAGCAGGGAGCAGCAGCAGCAGCAGCAGCAGCAGCAGCAGGACCAGCAGCAGCAGGAAGCAGAGAGAAUGUGAUUCAGUCGCUGGUGAAGCUGCUGCAGCAAAAGGACGAGCGCAACAGAGAUGUUUUGAAGAGGUGA